AUGUCUGCUAUGCAUAUGCUGGUAAGCCUGCUUGCAUUCACCAACCUAUCAAUGGGCUCGUUUGGUGCAUCUGCAUCAACCUUCCAGAAGUGCAAAAAUAUCCCCGGUGAUGCUGCGUGGCCGGCUAAAAGUGAUUGGGAUGCAUUGAACGCGAAUGAUGAGCAAUCUUUGAAGAACAGCGUUAAGUCACUAUCAAGACAUAUUCUCAACCCAGCGGUAUCUCUGGACACUGCAGAUCUGGCGUAUACCCUCUCAGAACGAAGAAGUCGCCACUACCAUCGUGGGUUUGUCGUGUCUAAGACGAGCUCAUUUCCCGGGGAGUCCGUUGUUUACGGUAAAAGCCAGGGCACAACUGGAGUUGGAUUUGUCUUUACUGGUCCAGGAGCCCAGUGGUCUCAGAUGGGAUUGGAGUUGAUAGACACAUUCUCUACUGCAAAGAGAACGAUUCAACAUUUGGACGACGUCCUCCAGGCCCUGCCUUCACCUCCAAGCUGGACCCUCCUAAGCGAGUUGACUGAGGCUCUAAAACCAGAAGCUCUUCGUUUGCCAGAAUUCUCCCAGCCCCUAGUUACAGCUUUGCAACUUGCUUUGGCUCAUAAGAACCCGAUCUUGAAAAUCGCAGAGCUCAAUCUCGAUGCGGAAGAUCAGAGUAGUUUGUGGCUGCAACGCCCAAAUCCAAAAAGAGCUGCCAGUUCCCUCUACCGCUUUGCUUCCAGCGACUCCACGACAGUGGUCAGCGCCCAGGAGAAAUAUUCCCCUUCCGCUCCGAAUGCUGGGUUCACGUGGUUUGAUCUAGCCAAAGCAGAACCGAUUCUCGGUGAAGUCAAAUUUGAUGCCGUCCUCGUCAAAAACCACCAGUCUGUUUCCGAAGAGGCCUUGAACGUAGCCGUUGACAGCAUAUCUGCAUCUGUUCAAGAGGGCGGAUUGGUCUUGGUUGCCGGAUCUGAUAACUCGUUCACUCAAGCCGCCCUUGAAAGAAUUGGACAGGUUCAUACCACUGAUGAUAAUCUCUACAUCUGUGUAGUUGCCUCUCCUGUAGACUUGGAACAGCCCGCGCACCCAACUACUAGUCUCGUCAGCUUCUCGCAUGAGCAGGCACCUGCUGAGCUCCUUGGAUCUCUUGGCAAAUGGCACAUCAAGGCCGGACAACCACUCAGUGAGAUUGAGACCAACCAAACCAUUCUCGUCUUGGAUGAGCUCUCAUCCUCGACUAUGGACCGAUUGGACGAGAACUCCUGGACUCUGUUGCAAGAGCUUGUUCAAAAAGAAACCAAGAUUCUCUGGGUUACCACUGGGGCACAGCUUGAUGUCACAGAGCCUACCAAAGCCGCGAUCAAUGGAUUCUUCCGUGUUUUGCGUGCGGAAGAACCACUUCUUAAUCUGGUGACUCUGGAUGUCGGCCAGGCCACUGGACCAGCAACCGCGGCCGCUAUUGAUACUUGUCUGACACUCAUCAACAAACCAAAGCCCAAACAACAAGUCGACAGCGAGUUUGUCGAACGGGAUGGUAUAUUUUAUAUAAGCCGUCUGAUCCCCGAGGAGGAUCUCACCAAAUACCAGAAUGACGACCUUGGCAGUCUCAAAACCGAAGUGGUCGAUCUUCAUGCGAGCCAGACUCCCAUCCGGUUGCGAACGGAGAGACUCGGGAACAUCGAUUCCAUUCACUAUGGGGAGAUCUCGCCAGUUCCUCUGGCUUUGGGAAGCGGUUGCCUUGAAGUCGAACUCUUUGCUGCGGGUAUGAACUACAAAGAUGUCGUGGUCUCUAUGGGUAUCGUCCCUGGCAAUGAGCACACCCUUGGUGGAGAAGGCGCUGGCAUCGUCACGCGGGUUUCUCCGGACAUCGAUAACUUCAAGGUCGGGCAACGAGUCGUCGUCUUUGACAAGGGAACCUUUGCAAACAGAAUCCAGACGACACCUGGACUGUCUUUCGAGCAGGCGUCCACGCUUUCUGCCGUCUACUUGACAUCUAUUUAUGGCUUGUUUGAUCUGGCGAACCUUUCCAAGGGCCAGUCGGUUUUGAUCCAUUCGGCGGCUGGGGGUGUGGGUAUUGCGGCUAUUCAGCUUUGUCAGUAUAUUGGCGCGGAGCUUUUCGUCACUGUUGGGACGGGGGAAAAGAGAGACUUCCUGAAAUCGACAUUUGGACUUACAGAUGACCAUAUUUUCAACUCAAGAAACACUGACUUCGCUUCAGACGUCUUGGCGGCGACGAAUGGCAGAGGAAUUGAUGUCGUUCUCAACUCCCUCACCGGGGACAUGCUGGACGAGUCUUUCCGCCUCCUGGCCGACGGCGGGAGAAUGGUCGAGAUCGGGAAGAAAGAUAUUCUUGAUCGCAAUUCCCUUGCCAUGGAACCUUUCGAUCGGAACAUCUCUUUCAUGGCUGUAGAUAUGUCGCACGAGAGAGCUCCGGAUCAUCUAGUGCAACGACUCCUGGCGAGAUUGUUUGGGCUCAUCAAGAGUGGCUACGUCAAACCAAUUGUGCGCAUCCACACCUUCUCUUUCUCAGACGUGCCUUCUGCAAUCCGGUUCUUGCGAGCUGGAAAACACAUUGGGAAGAUCGUGAUCACUGAUGGACUCGAGCCUGCCAUCAAGGUGCCAGUUCGACGAGCCCUCAAGACGAUGAAGUUCCGUGAUGACGCUUGUUAUUUGAUCGUCGGUGGAUUGAAGGGUCUCUGCGCUUCCCUUGUUGUGUACAUGGCUAAGAACGGUGCUAAGCACCUUGCUGUGAUCUCUCGUAGUGGUCAUAGCGACGAGAAAUCUCAAGGCGUUGUCAAGGAGAUUGAAGCUUUAGGAUGUCAAAUUGAUCUCUUAUCAGCUGAUGUUGCUAUUGCAUCUGAUGUUGAGAAGGCUUUCCAAGCAACGACUGUACCGAUCGCUGGUAUUGUACAAGGGGCCAUGGUUCUACGGGAUCGAAUGUUCUCAUCCAUGGACGUUUCCGAUUACCACGGAGCCCUUGCAUGCAAAGUCCAAGGAACAUGGAACCUGCACAACGUCGCCGAGAAACUGGGUCUGAAACUCGACUUCUUCACCAUGCUGUCCAGUAUCUCUGGAGUCGUAGGACAGAAGGGGCAAGCUAAUUAUGCCGCCGGAAAUGCAUUCCUGGAUGCCUUUGCCAGCUAUCGCCACGGACUCGGCCAGCCAGCCUGUUCAGUAGAUCUCGGCGUCAUCGAAGACGUUGGGUAUAUCGCCGAACGCGACGGGAUGCAGGCAAAACUAGACACCAGCAUCUGGACGGGUAUCAACGAGCGCCUCCUCCGCAAAAUCUUGUACUUCUCCAUCGUACAGCAGCAAGAAGGAACGGCGCGGCUUGCUCAGUCCACACAAAUCAUCACGGGCAUUCCCGUGCCCCAGCCUGCGGACUCGGGACUCAUCCAAGAUGCUCGGUUCGCGCCUCUAUUCACGAACGCUGGAAAGGCCAAGGGUGGCGGCGAUGCCAAAUCCUCUGCAUCGAAGGAUGUCCAAGCUGUUCUGCUCCUGCUCAGAUCCAAGACCGCAGAUGCAGAUACACAGCUGGCAGCAACGGUCGAUAUCGUCAAUAAAUGCUUUGUGAGAAUCCUGAGACUUCCGGAACCGAUGGAUGUUGGAAGACCGAUAUCGGUGUACGGCAUAGAUUCUCUGGCGGCGGUGGAGGUAAGGAAUUGGUUGAGGGGAGAGUUGGGGGCGCUUGUCACGACCCUGGAUAUUGUCAACGCGACUUCUUUGUUAGAACUUUGCAAGAAGAUCGUUGCGAAGUUUGUAGCUUCUUGA